AUUUAAAUAAAUAAUAAAUGGGCAAAAAGGAAACAAAAGAUAAGAAGCCAACACAAUUCAAAAAGAUUUAUGAAUUGUUAUCAAAAUAUACUUAAGUUAUCAUCGUUGGAUUAGCAAAUGUUGGAUCUAAAUAAGUGUAAGACAUCAGAAGAAUUUUGGCUAAGAGAAAUGCCCUAUUAGUUAUUGGCAAAAAUACACUCUUCAAAAAAGUUUUGGCUACUAGAGUUCAAGAAUUACCAAAAGAGCACGAAUAUUACGAAGAUUUGGCUAAAUUCGGUAGUGCAAUUAAAGAGUUGGACGCCUUGAAAAACUCAGUUGCAGGCAAAGUUGGAUUCAUCUUCACAGACACCCCAGUCUUUGAUCUUAAACCAAUCAUUGAAGAGAAUAAAGUCGAAACCCCAGCCAGAGUUGGUGCCGUUGCUCCAAUUGAUGUUGUUAUUCCCCCAGGCCCAACUGGUAUGGACCCAGCUUCAAUCCAAUUCUUCCAUGCUCUCUAAAUCCCCACCAAGAUUGAAAAAGGUUAAAUCUAAAUCACCAAAGACUUUGUCGUCUUGAAAACCGGAUAAAAGGUUGGCUAAUCAUAAGCUGUCUUAUUGUAAAAAUUGGGCAAAAAGCCUUUCUUAUAUGGAAUGGAAGUUCUUGCUUGUUAUGACAAUGGAUCCAUCUUGAACAAACAAUAAGUUUCAGUUAAUUUGAAUGACAUUGUUGCUAAAUUCUAAUAAAAUGUUAGAAAUGUUUCAGCCAUUUCUUUGUAAAAUGGUUGGGUUAAUGAGGCCUCAGCUCCAUAUUUAUUAGCUAACGCUUUCAAGGAUUUGGCUGCUAUUGGUUUAUAAUCAGGAUUCAUCUUUGAUUAAAUCAAAUAAUCAAGUGCACCAACAACAGCUGCCCCAGUUGCAGCCAAAGUUGAAGAAAAACCAGCUGCUCAAUAAGCCCCAGCUAAAGCUGAAGAGCCUGAAGAAGAUGUCGAUAUGGGAGGUUUAUUCGAUUGAUCAUGAAAUCAUAGUAUAUUAAUAAUACAUACACAUAAAUAAAUAAACAAACAAACAAUUUAAAUGCUUAA